GACUAUAAUUGCUAUCAUCUUCAUUUGCCUUUGUUCUUUUGAUAAUAUUUCACCAAAAUCAGGCAGUUUAAGCAUAUAAUAAAAAUGUGAUUGUGACAGAUGGUUUUCCACGCAGAAGCGGGUUUAUCUCCCUUUAAAAUCGCCCUUUAAAGUCUCCCUCUAACCUUGAACACAAAUGCAAAAGAUCAUCCCCAUCUGAGAUAUCAAUAGGCUGCAUCAUCGCUCAUCUUCCCUCAUCAUCUUCCGCACCUUCUCCCUCCCUCCAUGUCUGUCCAUCUCCUCCCUCUGCGCCUUUUUACGCACAAAACAAGUCAGAGCGCACACACGGCUGGCGGAGAAAACAGGAGAGACAAUAGACAAUAGUUUAGGUCAUCAUGGUAUUUGGAUUUUUACCGUAGGCAACAUGCGCGCCGGACUGUGAGGUACAGGUGAACAAUCUGUAAACGCGUCUGUUCAUUUACUGGCCGAAACUUUCCCCCACGUUUUAAUGUUGCCAACCGAGAUUUCAGGAGGAGUGUGUUUCACCUCAAGCGAUCACACUGAGGGACGGAGAGAAGGGAUGAAAACAGAGGAAACCCAACAGUCGUGUCUGCAGCAGCCUCCAUCCUCAACGCCUUUUGGUCCAGAGUACAGGGGAGGGGGAGAGGUGUGUGCAGGCUGCGAGUCUCCCAUCGCCGACCGCUUCCUGCUGCGCGUGAACGAGCGCUCCUGGCACGAGACCUGUGUCAAGUGCGCCGUGUGUUUGAGCACGCUCACCGGGACCUGUUACUGCAGGGACCGUCUGCUGUACUGCAAGCACGACUAUGAAAAGCUGUUUGUAAGGAAGUGCAGUGCCUGCCUGCAGGUGAUUGGACGUUCAGAGCUGAUAAUGCGUGUGCUAGGCCAGGUGUACCACCUGGGCUGCUUCAGCUGCUGUGAGUGCGAACGCCGGCUGCAGAGAGGUGAUGAGUUUGUGCUGAAAGAAGGCCAGCUGCUCUGCCGCAUGGACUAUGAGAAGGAGAGGGAAAUGUUGGCUGCUAUCAGUCCCACACCAACAGAAUCAGUGAAAAGUGAGGAUGAGGAUGGUGGAGGGGGCUCUGGUGGGGGGAAAGGUGGUGAUGAAGGCAAGGAGCACAAGCGCUCAAAACGACCGCGCACCAUCUUGACCACACAGCAGCGCCGUGCUUUCAAGGCCUCCUUUGAAGUGUCUGCUAAGCCUUGCCGCAAGGUGAGAGAGACACUGGCUGCUGAGACUGGACUGACAGUACGAGUUGUGCAGGUGUGGUUUCAAAACCAGAGAGCCAAGAUGAAAAAAAUAGCUCGUCGACAGCAGCAACAGCAGCAGCAGCAGCAGGAACAAGAGCAGCUGGGAGGGACCAGGAGAGGACAAAGUAGAGGGGGCCGCCAGAGUAAUGACGACAGUGAGGAUGGAUCUAGUACUCAUGGCAUGGAGGGCAUGCUGGGAUAUCCAUCUCUGCCACGUCAGCAACUACUUGCUCUGGACCCCAACAUCUACGGUGGAGAGCCGUUUCGACAUGGGCUUACACCACCUCAGCUGAGCAAUGAGCAGCUCCACUCCUAUGACUCAGAGACAGUGUUCCAUGACCUGGACAGCGAUGGAAGCCUUGGUCACCUUGGUGACUGCCUGUUAGCAACAGGGGACGGCAGUCUCCUGCCAGGACGAGUGGGAAACCCCAUCGACCGUCUCUACUCCAUGCAGAACUCCUACUUCACCUCCUGACCCUUUAUAAACUCUCACCCUUUCCCCUCCUGAUCCACCUUUCACCUCAGUGAUGCAGCUAAUGGAGUCUGUCCAUCAACAUGCCUGUGGGACCACUGUCCAUGAAACAGCCUACACCCAAACACACUUCUGAGCUUUUAGCACAGGCCAAGAGCAUCACAAGUCAGGCAUAGUCAUGAUAUCACUUUGCAGCAGAUUUGCAUAAUGUUCCCACCAUCUUUCCUAGAUGAGAAUCACAUGCUGGAAAUACAGACACUGUAAAUGUCCAAGAUAUGUUAAAGGACCUCAGUUUCCCUUGUUGUAUUUAUGUGACGUUCAAUGAAAUGCAUUUCAUGGCACUUUCUGACAAAAAAACUGACAAACAAAAGACACUUAUCAAACAUAUUAAUGUGUAUAUCAUGAAUUACAGAUGAAAACUGAUUGUUGAAAGUGAAUUCACCAAUCAAGUUACAUGUAUUUAGGAGUCUUUGUAGGUCUUACAAGCAGCUGAGGGUCUAAAUUGAAUUAGUAUAUUGCAUAAAUAUUGCAUAUUUUUUUGGCAGGACUAGUGAUAAAUUAUUGUGCGUGAAAGACUGCAGCUAUACAAUACUGUACAUGGACUGGAGUACAAUUUUGCUCUCAGGUUAGUGUGUCUGUUUAUGUAACCUGAGCCAUAACUCAGGAUAUUGUGCUGAAUAGGAUUACAAUUUAAGUUGCCCAGUGAUUUCAAGAAUGUAGAUUGUAAAGAGGAAAAAACUCUCAAUAUAAUAUGGACCAAAAAAAAACAAAAAAACAAAAUCAUUUUUUUUAGCAUUUAGACAACACUACAGGGUCAUUUGAAGAGCCUUAUGCGGAAACAGGGUUGAAGUUAUUAUUGCUUUGGCUUUCCCUUUUCUUUUAACAUAAAAUCACUAAGAAUCAGUGCAGAAAAUGACAACCAAUAGAUCUAUUAGGUCCAACAUUUAGGAAACUUGGUACAUGAUGAUGUACUCCAAAUGUAAAUGUGAGUAUGACUGUGUUACAGUUAAUUGUUGUAGUCACUUUCUGUAAUAAUUUCUUUCUCAAACAUCUCAAAUUAGAUGUUAGGUAGAUAUUUUGUACCUUCUUCAGCAAAUAUUUAAACUCUAGCAUGAUAUCUAUAUGUCACAAAGUAGGUCUAAUGAAAUAGCCUCCAAACUGAAGUUGGAUAGCAAGUGUUUCCUGAAAGCAUUAGGAUCCGACUCACAAUGUGAUGCAGAAUAAAAUAGGAUUAGGGUGAUACCUGUUUCAUUUAGGUGCCUGUGAUCGGCUACAGCUUGUGACUUUCUUUCAUGACAUUAUGUUUGAUUCUGAUCACUGACUCAUGGUAUUUUUACAGUGAUAUUUUUGUGAAUGUAACUUAUUUGUGCGGUAUUAGGCGAGAUCUAUCUUACUUUUUUUGUUCAGUGACUGCCAGGUGAUGUGCUUUGAAUGUA